GGCCGAACCUGAUGCCGCCAGAUCUCCAUCCGGAAAAACAGAUGAGAUGAUGAAGCCUCAAAGAAGUUAGGUGAUUUCCCCAAGGCUACAAAACUCAUAAGUUGUGUAGCUGGAAUUUGGACAGUUCUGUAUGAUGCCCAAACUUUGCCUUUAUCUUCAGGACUCAAGUGUGGUCCACACACUGGCAGCACCAGCAUCUGCAAGCUAUUGGAAUCUUGGGUCCUACCCAGAUCUACUGGAUCAAAAUCUACAGUUUAACAAGAUCAGCAAGUAAUCUGCCUUCGUGUUAAAGUUUGAGAAGCACUGUUAUGCAUACAGUACUAUUCUCCACAAAAUGGUGUUGGGAGCCAGGAGCACACAUUCUCUUUACACCUGGGGAGUGUGAAGUCAUGUGUAAGUGCUGCUGCUUGUGGAGUGCCCGUGGAGCCCAGGAGAGCUGCCUCUGCUGGAGGCAUCACCAAAAGCAGAAAAGAAAAAAUGGCUCUCCCUUCCAUCUUCCAAACUCUUCCCAUCCUCCUCUCCCAUUGACAGAAGCUAACAGGAAACUGGAUGAGAAGAGUGUUGACUUUCUAGGUUUCUAGCUCUUCAUGAUCAGAAGGGGAAUAAGGAAAGGCAUUUAUGGAGCUGAAGGCCAAUGGACAAGUAACUGGCCCAACUGUCUAAUAUAUCACUCUUGGCAAAGGAAAAUACGUAUUGUUCCAUAAAGACUUGGAGUUGGACAAUGGGUGCAUAUCAAUAAAAAGGCAUUAUCUCUUCCUGCUGCCUGAAGACCCUGGAUUAUUCUUCUUGUACUAAAGUGAUGACUGUCUACAAUGCCUGCACCAGGAGGAUAUUAUUCUACAAAUAAGGGCCCAGCGUGACAUUUAUGAGAAAGCCAGGGUCCUUCUGUGCAAAACUGAUUGGUGCUCAGCCAAUGGGCUCCAGGGCGUUGCAAAUAAAACCACCUUCUCCACCGGGCCCGUUCAGAUGCAGGAUAGUGUGUUGCUUCUGCCUGUGGAACUUUAGGAAAUGCUCAACUCCUGUCCUAGCAAAAUACAUCUGUGGCCAGCUAAGUGAAACCAGCUUUGAAGAUGAAACACCUUCUUCCUCAAUUCCCUUCCAUCUUGGCCAUCUAUUGCUUCUGCAUGCUACAGAUUCCCUCUUCAGGAUCUCCUCGACCUCUAGCUGAUCCCCCAGAUGGCUUGGAUAUCAUGCAGCUUGAGCGACUGGCAUAUUGGGCCAAUCUUUCUAAGCAACCUAAGGAUAAUCAAGACAUAUACAAAAGGUUUUUAUUUCACUACUCCAGAACUCAGGAGCCGACACAUCCAGUUAAAAGUGGGUUCCCUCCUGUGCACCCCUUGAUGCGCCUGGCCGCGCAGCUCGCCAACCGCAGGAUGAGAAGAUUUCUGCAACCUCCGGAUUCGAGGACUGCUGCAGUGGAUUUCACCAAGAAGGAUCACACUGCCACCUGGGGACGACCAUUUUUCCUUUUCAGGCCAAGGAAUGGAAGAAACACUGAAGAUAACACCCUGUAGGGAAGUCCAAGAGUUCUGUGGCAAAGAGAAACUGGAUCAGAUAAAGAAAUCGAGCAAUUAUCUUGAACAAAUGUCAACUUUCUUUCUGUGAACAAUAAAAGAUAAUUCUCUUGC